CAAAGUAUGUCGACACAGUUCACCAGCUGAAGCCAGAAAAAAAACAUAAUGUCAUCAGUAUGUCAUAAAAACGAAGAUUUCACCACCAAAGGGAAUAGUUAACAACAAAAAGAAAGACAAAUAAACGUAGAAGAAGAAGGACUCGAUCUGACCAAUGGCAAACGAGAGAUUAUCACAUGUGGGUUUGGCGGGCAGCAUCAGAUAACCAAUAGGAAAGCUGUAACCGUGUAAACCCGCGGAAGUGGCGGCCGGUUGGGCCAAUCACGACGCUCCCUUGGAGGGGAGCGUGAAGGGGGCGUGGACUCAGGAGCGCGAGGGCGCAGAAGCCGAAUGGUGGAGCAGAAGAUGGCGGAUGGCGACAGCGGGAGUGAGCGCGGCGGGAGAGGCGGGAGAGGAGGCGGCGGCUUCCAGCACUUCCAGCGGGACCAGGAGACCCAGGAGCUGGCGUCCAAGCGCCUCGACAUCCAGAACAAGCGCUUCUACCUGGACGUGAAGCAGAACAGCAAAGGCCGGUUCAUCAAGAUCGCCGAGGUCGGAGCCGGCGGCUCCAAAAGCCGCCUGACCCUCUCGCUCUCCGUAGCCGCGGAGUUCCGCGACUACCUCGGGGACUUCAUCGAGCACUACGCCCAACUGGGGCCCAGCAGCCCGGAGCAAAUCGCCCAGGCGGCCGCGGCGGACGGCGGGCCGCGGCGGGCUCUCAAGAGCGAGUUCCUCGUCCGGGAGAACCGCAAGUACUACCUGGACUUGAAGGAGAACCAGCGGGGGAGAUUCCUCCGGAUCCGGCAGACCGUGAACCGCGGGCCCGGCGGCGGCUACGGCGCCGGGGGAGGAGGGGGGAACCCCGGCAUGCUGUCCGGCCAGACCAUCGCGCUCCCGGCCCAGGGGCUCAUCGAGUUCCGGGACGCCCUCGCGAAGCUCAUUGACGACUACGGCGGGGACGACGAGGAGCUGGCCGCCGGGGCGGGGGGCGCGGGCUCCGGGGAGCUCCCCCAGGGCACCUCCAUCAUGGUGGACUCCAAGCGGUUCUUCUUCGACGUGGGCUCCAACAAGUACGGCGUGUUCCUGCGCGUGAGCGAGGUGAAGCCCAGCUACCGGAACUCUAUCACGGUGCCCCUGAAGGCCUGGGGCAAGUUCGGGGGCGCCUUCAGCCGGUACGCGGAGGAGAUGAAGGAGAUCCAGGAGCGCGUCCGGGAGAAGGGCUUCGAGAGGCGGGACGAGUCCGAGGGGGACGACGACUGA